CAGCAGAAGCCACGGCCGGAGCCCGGCACCGGCGCGGGUGAGUCAGGUAUAGGCGCGGGCGGCGCAGCCCCAGGCGCCAGAGCUGCGCUCACGGCAGGAAGGACCGUCCCCGAGGGAGCCAGGGACCGAGGCUUCCGAACAGGCGAGAUUCGAGCCUGUCCCAGCACGGUCCGAAGUCCGCGCUAUGGGAGAAGAGAAAUACUUGCCUGAGCUGAUGGCAGAGAAGGAUAGCCUGGAUCCAUCUUUUGUGCACGCGUCGCGCCUCCUGGCUGAAGAAAUUGAGAAAUUUCAAGGUUCAGAUGGAAAAAAGGAAGACGAGGAAAAGAAAUAUCUCGAUGUCAUCAGCAACAAAAACAUAAAGCUUUCCGAAAGAGUAUUGAUUCCUGUUAAACAAUACCCAAAGUUCAAUUUUGUGGGGAAAUUGCUUGGACCAAGAGGAAACUCCCUGAAGAGGCUACAGGAAGAAACGGGCGCUAAAAUGUCUAUCCUGGGAAAAGGAUCGAUGCGAGAUAAAGCAAAGGAAGAAGAGCUGAGGAAGAGCGGGGAGGCCAAGUAUGCCCACCUGAGUGACGAACUGCAUGUAUUAAUUGAAGUGUUUGCUCCACCCGGGGAAGCUUAUUCACGGAUGAGUCAUGCCUUGGAAGAGAUUAAAAAAUUCCUUGUUCCUGACUACAAUGAUGAAAUUCGUCAAGAACAGCUCCGGGAGUUGUCUUACUUAAAUGGCUCAGAGGAGUCUGGCCGGGGCCGGGGUAUUAGAGGCAGAGGCAUCAGAAUAACUCCCACAGCUCCUUCAAGGGGACGUGGGGGUGCUGUUCCACCACCACCACCACCUGGACGAGGUGUUCUUAUCCCUCGGGGGACCACUGUGACCCGUGGAGCUCUUCCAGUGCUCCCAAUAGCAAGAGGUGUCCCUACCCCUCGAGCCCGGGGGACGGCAGCCAUACCAGGAUACAGAGCACCCCCGCCUCCAGCUCAUGAGGCUUAUGAAGAAUAUGGGUAUGAUGAUGGCUAUGGGGGUGACUAUGAUGACCAGACCUAUGAGGCUUAUGAUAAUAGCUAUGUGACCCCAACACAAAGUGUGCCUGAAUACUAUGACUAUGGUCAUGGAGUAAGUGAGGAUGCCUAUGACAGCUACGCACCAGAAGAAUGGGCCACAGCUCGCUCCAGCCUGAAGGCACCGCCACCAAGGUCAGCCAGAGGGGGACACAGGGAACACCCCUAUGGUAGAUAUUGAAGGUCCUCUUCACCUGUGACCUCCUCAAAGACAAUUCAUAGCCUGUGGUCUCCACAGAAACAGCAACAAGACAAGUAAUAGUCCUUUUUUGUUUGUUUGUUUUUCUAUUCUAGGGAUAACUGCUCAUAAUUACUUCCACCUAUUUCUUGUAUUCCCUCUUAUACUGUUGAUGUGACAUUGACACUAGCAUUAUUUUAUAAAACAGACUGACAAAUAAAAGACCAUUGGCAAGCAUAGUUUAUAAACCACUCAUUAGAUUGAUAUUCUCUUG